AUGGCAUUAGAGUUAUUACCUAAUGAAAUUUUACUAGAAUGUUUUCAAUAUCUUAAUACAUUAGAUAUUUUUCAUUCAUUUGAUGGACUUAAUAAUCGUUUUUAUAAACUUAUCCGUAAUAUUUCAUUACAACUCGAUCUUCAGUAUAUUUCCAAUACAAAAUUUGUUCAUUUUUGUACGAAAACAUUAUCAGAUCCGAAAGUCAAACAACAAAUUUAUUCAUUAAAACUAUCGAAUAAAAUUGUACAUAAUCAAAUUCAGUUAUUUUUUUCAUUACAUUCAUUAAACGAAUUUUCUCAACUUCGAUCACUAACCUUGAUAAAACUCAAACAAAACGAUGAAGAGAAAUUGAUAACAAUGUUACCAUUUAUAUGUCAACUUCAUUGUUUUCAAGUCAUUGAUUCCAAUAUCGAAACGAAACAGUUAUUAACUGUAUUACCAAUGUCUAAAUUGAAACGAUUAGCAGCAUCUAGUUUACCUUUUGAUUUAAUGCCUAUAUAUGGAUCAAUUAUAGAUUUAAGACUUUCUCAUACUUCUUGGAAUGAAGUAUAUCAAAUAUUCAAAUAUCUUCGCUUGUUAAAAUAUUUACAUAUUGAAGAGUUUACUGAUUCACAAUCACUUUCAUUAGAUUCACCUAUUGAAAUUUAUCCGGCCAUUCAUUUAAAAAAAUUGGUUAUAACUAAAUUUUAUUAUUCGUUUAAUAAAUUUCAAACAUUUGUAAAAUUUACACCUAAUAUAAAAACGUUAGAUUUAAAUACAUAUGAUAGAAAUGAUUUUUUUGAUGCAGAUCGAUGGGUAAAAUUAAUUACAGCAUCAUUACCUGAUUUAACUAUUUUCAAAUUUAAAUUCUUCAGCUCGUACAGAAUUGGAGAAUAUAAUAUACUCGAUAGACUCAAACAAUUUCGAACUGAUUUUUGGUAUAAACAACAUCAUUGGUAUACUGAAUAUGUGGCUUAUAUGUCUUCGAUACUUAUUUAUACAAUACCAUAUACAUCAGAUACUUAUAUAGUAAAACCAAAUAUUGAAAGAUAUUAUAAUCAUUUAAGAACGAAUACUAAUGUAUUUGAUAAUGUAAUUAAUUUAACAUUGCAUCAAAAUAAGAUUAACGAUCGAAAUUUAAAUUACUUUUCGAAUGUUGUAUCAUUGAAAUUAGAAUAUUUCUUUUUACAAUUAAAUAACAUUGAACAAUUAAAAAUAGUUGUUAAUUUAUCUAAUGUACAACAUCUAACAAUUUCAGAUACAUGUCAAAUACAAGAUACAUAUUCUUUCUUAAGGAUAUUACAAGAAAUGCCACAAUUAUUAUCAUUAGCUAUUCAAAUAAAUUAUAUACUUACAUUUUUCAAUGAUGAUAUAUUAUGUAACUAUUUGAAUAAUAAGAUUAAAAAAUUGGAUAUAAAUGGAUAUCCUUAUUAUACAUUAAAAGAUUCGACUGAACUAAUACGAUUUGGUGAAAUAUUUUCAAAUGUUGAACAAAUUACUUGUUAUUAUGAACAACUCACAGAUAUAUCAUGUAUAAUAAAUUAUUUAUCAAAAUUAUCAUGUAUCAAAGUUAUUAUACCCAUUCAUUUUAGUUUGACAUUUGUUUCUGCUUUGUUAAAAGGUGGAACUGAUAAUAUGAAAAUAGCAGUUCAUAUUGAACAUGACAAUACAUUUAAUACAUUAAUCUAUUUAAAUCGAUAA